AUGGCGUCUGUAUCGCCACCUAAGCCGUGGGAGAGGGCUGCCGCUGGGGCAGGAACUGCAUUACCUACCUCCGCUCCCAGUACCUCCACCAUGACUUCUACACCCACAGCGGCGCCCGCCGCCGCAACCAUAACUGGAUCUUCACCCUCAACAUCAACCAACUCUACCACACCUAGCCUCCCCUCUCGACCCGACACUCUCAACGCAGUCGUCAACCGGACAGCAUCUACAUACUCCCCUUACGGUGCCAACAGAUUCGGCGCAAGUCCCUACAGCACAUAUGGCGGGUACGGCGCCUACUCAUCACCAUAUUCACGCUUCGGCUCAAUGUACGGUGGCAUGGGAGGUUAUGGCGGCAUGUACGGCGGUAUGGGCGGGAUGUAUCCAGGGAUGCCUGGCGAUCCCAAUGAUCCGAAUAGUUUGACCAAUUCGUUCAGCCAAAGUACCGCCGCUACGUUUCAGAUGAUUGAGAGUAUCGUGGGUGCUUUUGGCGGGUUUGCGCAAAUGCUGGAGAGUACUUAUAUGGCUACACAUAGUUCGUUUUUUGCGAUGGUAUCUGUGGCCGAACAAUUCGGCAACCUCCGUAAUACAUUAGGCUCCGUGCUGGGCAUCUUCACAUUGAUACGAUGGUUCAGAACAUUAAUGGCGAAACUAACCGGCCGUCCACUACCAGCUGAUGCGACAGCGCUUACUCCAUCUGCAUUUUCUGCGUUUUUAAACGGUCGAUCUGCGCCAGCCACAUUACCGGAUGGCGGCCCUGCUCCUGCUCGACCUUCCCGCAAGCCAUUUUUUAUGUUCAUUCUCGCUGUCUUUGGUUUGCCUUACUUAAUGGGCAAACUUAUCCGUUCUCUGGCUCGUUCCCAGGAAGAGGAAGCCCGUCGCCAGCAAGCGGUCAUGGGCGCCAAUGGAGAAUUACAAAACGCACCUCUCGAUCCCUCAAAACUAGACUUUUGCCGCGUGUUAUAUGAUUAUACCCCUGACGCCCAGAACACAGCCGGAAUCGACCUCGCCGUGAAGAAGGGUGACAUAGUCGCCGUCAUCAGCAAAUCAGACCCAAUGGGCAAUCCUUCUGAAUGGUGGCGAUGCCGUGCCCGCGACGGCGGCGUGGGUUACUUACCCAGUCCAUAUCUUGAAACUAUCCAACGACGACCGGCACAAGCCGCCAUCACCGCAGGCCCUGCCGCCAGCGCUCCAGGAAGUCGUACCAGCACAAUGACCAAAGGCGACAGCGGCCUUGCCCAGGAUACUAAACCAGUGUUAUCUGGUAAGAUGGGAGAUAUCGCUGCCGAGAGUUUCCAAAAGAGCGCUUUUAAUAGUUCAUAA